GGCGGCGCGGCCCGGCCCGGCGGGCUCUGCGGGCCCGGGGUGUGCGGCGGCGCGGGCGGCGGGGGAGCGGCGCCCCAGAGCCGCGCCGCGCCGCUUCCUGCCGCUAUAAAUAGCCGCCCGGCCCAACAUGUCCCGGCCGCCGCAGCGGCUGCAGCGCCGGCGGGACCCGCCGUGCCCUCCCGCCGCCUCGCCCGCCCGGAGCGCGGGUUUUUUUACAUCAUUUCUUUUGCUGGUUUAAAGAUCUCCACAGGCAAGAAAGACUCUGAAAGGAAAUAAAGAAAUGUCCUGCUGCCAUUUCUUAAUGAGGCAAGGCUUUAUGCCCUAGGAAGUGAGAACAAAGAUACACAAAAAAGAUCACUCUGAAGUAGCAGAGGCACUGACAGGUGUAACCUGGGCCCAGUCCUACCCUUGAUGUGUGGUUGCUGUGGAAGAUCCGUGCUGAGAUGACACCAGUGGAACAGGAUUGCUCCAGACAAGGUCACGACAGCAUUUUCCAGGACUUUCCUCCAAGCUGUUUUCUCUUGGGCUCUGGAGUUGCUCCCUCUUGUCUGGUAGACACUGCUGGUUGUUUUUGGAAAACACCAUUCUGAAGGACUGUGCAACCUGGGAAAUGUUGUUGCAAUUUAAUUAACUUCAGAAAGUAUUUUCUGGACUGAAUAGACCAGACCUCCAAUUCUAUGCAAGGAUCUCCUGCUGGUGACCAGGUUUCUUAGCAAGAGCAGACAGAGCUCAGCCUUCCAACAUGCCUGUGCCUCCCCCUCCAGCUCCUCCUCCACCACCAACACUGGCCUUGGCAAAUACUGAAAAGCCAACCCUAAGCAGGUCAGAACAAGCAGGGCGAAAUGCUCUAUUAUCUGAUAUUACCAAAGGAAAAAAGCUCAAGAAGACUGUUACUAAUGACAGAAGUGCUCCAAUUCUAGACAAACCCAAAGGAUCUGGUGGAGGUGGCAGCGGUGGCUUUGGAGGAGGUGGCAGUGGCAGCGGCGGGGGUUUUGGUGGCGGCAGUGGUGGUGGCUAUGGUGGCGGGGGACCACCUAGUCUUGGAGGCCUCUUUCAAGCAGGAAUGCCAAAGCUCAGAUGUACUGGAAAUCGAGAUGCUGACGCCGGGGGAGGCCGGCCGCCCGUCCUGCCGCCCGGAGGCCGCUCCACCGCCGCCAAGCCCUUCUCCCCGCCGAGCGGCCCGCCGCGCUUCCCGGGGCCGCCCUCGGGGCCGCGCGGCGCCGCCCCGGACCCGCAGAGGAGCCGCGUGCCGCCGCCGAGGCCCGACGCCGGCUCGAAGCCCGAGGCGGCGCCGCCGCCGGUGCCCAGCACGCCCCGGCCCAUCGCCUCCGGCCUGCACAACCGGGGGUCGCCGCCGGUGCCGGCGCUGAGCCGGCAGCCCAGCUUGGGGCCCUCGCCCCCGCCCUUCCCGGGCAGCCGGGGCGCGGGGCCGGCCGCGCCCCUCCGGCAGCCGGGCCCCGGCGCGGCGCUCUCCUUCUCGGGCCGGCCGCCGCUGCCGCCCACCCCGGGCCGGCCGGCGGAGGACAAGCCGCCGCCCCCGCCGCCGCCCCCGGCCGGGCACCGGCCGCCCUCCGUGCGGGAGGCGUCGCUGCCGCCGCCGCAGAACAGCAAACCGCCCGUGCCCGCCGCACCCCGGCCCGCCCUCGGCGCCCCGGCGCCCCCGCUGCCCCCCGGCAGGCCGGGGCCGCCCCCGGUCCCGCCCGCCCCCGCCGGCGGGGACGAGAUGCCGCGGCUGCCGCAGAGGAACAUCUCGCUGGGAUCGUCCCCGGCGCCCGGCGGGGGCCGCUCCGGACCGCUGCCCCCGCCGCCCGGCGAGAGGCCGCCGCCGCCCGUCAGAGACCCGCCCGGCCGCUCAGGCCCGCUCCCUCCGCCUCCUCCCAUAAGCAGGAAUGGAAGCACUUCGAGGGCUUUGCCCAGCACUCCGCAGCUGCCUUCCCGGGCCGGGCUGGACGGCCAGAGAGGCGGGCCCCGACCUCCGCUUCCCCCGGACCGGCCGGGCUCGGCAGCGCCGCCGCCGCCGCCCCCAGCAGCGGUCAGGAACGGCUUCCAGGAUGCAGGUGAUGAUGAAUGGGAAAGCAGAUUUUCUUUUCAUCCAAUAUCUGAUUUGCCACCUCCAGAGCCAUAUGUACCCAUGAACAGAAGUUAUCCCAGUAAACUAGCAAGAAAUGACAGUAGAGGUGGGUCUGUCCGAAAAGAAAGAGGUGUGCCCCCGCUCCCGCCUAUACCAAGGUGAAAUGGGUCCUGGCCCGUCACUGGGUGACAUCUGUUCUCAAGUUUCCUUCGAGUCAGCUCUCGUGUCCCCAUGACUGGAAAGUUGUCUGUCUUGAUUGAUUUCUACUUUUGGCUUGUCAGCUGGAACAAACUCUAGUCUCCAUUACAGAAGCAAUAGAUGUGGCUCAUGGGCUAUAUGCUCAAAGUUAUGAAUUUUACUCGCUUACGCUGCAGGCGUUUUGUGAACUCUACAGAACAUACGUGCACCAUGCUUACCAUGUCCCAACCCGUCUCUUGGAGAGCACCGUGAGUGAUCUGGCUUUGAAUCUGAUACACCUUGAACAAAGGUGUUCCAUUCACUUUGUGUACAGUAGCUGUAUUAUUUUAAUGAUAAAAUAUUUGAUGUUUAGAAAAACAGUUGCUGGGUAAAAAGUGUAGCCAAGAGUCCCCUGGAUCCUUCUUUGCAUGCCUAACUCAGCUUAUCUGCUUCUGCAAGCCAUAGACUACUAUGUGGUGACAAAAAGUUCAUCUUUAACUUUUUCACGUCAGCUUAAACUUAAAUUUAAACAAUGCACAGCACAUCCUGCCUCAAGGAUGGAGUGUUUCUGGCCUUGUUUUUAUCUGCAGAGAAUAUUCCAAAGAAAAGUACCAGUGAAGAAUUCAUCAACAUAAAAAAUAUUUAUAUUUUUUUAAUCUUCUUUCCUAUUUUUUAAGAAGUGUUGCGUUCUGUGACCUAAUUCUCUCCUACUCUUAUAUGGACCAACCCACAUUAUGUCAUCCGUGCCCUGGAUUACUGUAAUGCCCUCUGCCUGAUACUGCAUGCGAGGAGUCCUCAGAAAGCAGUCUGAGUGCUAACACAGCAGUUUCUGUAGCUGCAGGCUCCUCCUGUGAAACAUCACUGCCAGUGCUCCACAGACUGCUUUGCAGUUGUUUCUUUGGUACAACUAAAUGAUGGGGUGACUUAAAAAGCUUCUUGGACUCAGGUCACAAUUCUCAGAGAGCUUGUGUUUGACUUCCAUUAUAGUAGAGCAGCCAAGGUCAAAAACGUUCCUCAGUGAAAGUCCUUUGAUGUUGUGAGGGGUGUCUGGUGUUUGUACAUUCAAGUGGGAGCAUCCAAAGUUUGCUGUCUGCACUGGUUCAAGAGAAGUGGAAAGAUUUGGUCUUCUGAGUUGGCCAUGAAGCCUCUCGCUUCAAACUUUGCUGAAAGGAAUCUCUACAGAGAGCUGCAAGGCUUACGUUGAUAGAAGAAAGAGUAAAGUGUGCUAACAUUGUGGCAAGUGGUUAAUAUGUUUAAUGGCUUUUAAAUUCUGUGUAUGAGAAAAGAGCUCAUUGUGUGAUUGAAUUUUACAAGUGGAUCUAAGUGUGUAUAAAAUGCCUUUGGAAAUUAGAGGAAGAUUAUAAUUUUAGAUUUGAAAUAUUGGUGAAUGAUAGCUCUUUGUUAAUUGGACCUCUGAAGUUUACCUCUGAAAAAUGUCCCCUCAGUCUCAUCAGCAGUACAUUUCUUCAGUGUGUUCCUUGGGAUCCCUAUCAAGCCUGUGUCAGCAGCCAUGCUUCACAGGGUGUUGCUCAGAAAAACCUAAAAUAAAACAUAGAAACUAGUCAUGUAGGUUAAGAAAAUGUUUCUCUAGCACAGGAGACAUGAUCCUAAGUACACUCUGUGGCUAGAAUGAGGUCAGUCCUUGAAAAUCUAGGGAAUUUAGCCAAAGAGAGUCUGGACCCUGCUGAAGUGUCUGUGCAUCAUAGGGCUUUUUGCUCUGUCAGCAGGGAGGGGCAGAUCUACUUUCUGCCUGGCAGUCUGGACAUCACAUUGAAGGUGAUGAGACUAGAAUUGGAUUUGGCCAGAUCAAAUUUAAUUUGGUCUUUUCAGUGUUUGUUUACAACAUCUUGUUAGCUGUGAUAGCAUUUGAUUGUUACCUGUUUUUUAUAUUUUUGUAUCCAAUGACCUAAUCUGAGUUACUGUUUAUGGUCUUGAACCUGCAAUUAAAUGCGCAGGCGCAGGGAUGUAUCUACAUCCAGUUGCAGGAUCGUGGCUGUAAGAGUUUCUUAAACAGAUACUGGGUGGAACCUCCAUGUGGCAGGUGCACCUUGGGAUCAAACCUGGCACAGUGCUGAAUUUGUAUAUGCAUUUUGUGGAUGUCAUUUAAAGUGCCUGUCUCUGUAUUUUGUGUAUAGAAAUCCAAAUAAGAUUUUUAGGAUAAUAACUUAAAGGAUAGAUUAUUGUAUUCAUAUUUUAAAACCGAAGCACUUAAUACCUUUCUAAGGAGCAAUAUGUUGAAUUUAAGGGUACAAUAUUUUCAGUACCUUGACCUGCCAAAUCCUUGUUAAUAUUCAAAUAGCUAUGCAGCCAAAAGAAUAACCCCCACCCUCCAGAAAUGAUUUUUUUUUUUAUAACUUACCUGCUUCCAACAUGACUGUUUUACUUUGGUAAAUCAAUUAAAAAGCUGCCCAGUGUCCUGCCAAUUCUCUGUGUCAUUCAAAAUACCUUGUAUUCGAUUGUUUCAGCAAGGUUUUCUGACCAGAAGUUGGGACCACUACCAGAGACUUGGAAAACCAGCUUCAGUUUCACUUUAAAAUGUGCCAUGUAAAAGGCCCUCAGUUAACAAGCCAGGAAUCCUGAACUGCUUAGGUUUUUGCUAUUCUUUUUUACUCUAGAAACCUCUUCAGUAUAGAUGUUUGGCAUACAUGUAAAAUAUUUUAAUAUUGCACAAAGGGGAAUUUUUGUUCACAUAACAGUGUUUCCAUUUAUAUGUUUUGCUGUAAACGUCCCUACAUAUAUUCCAGAACAAUGCAGCAUUUUAUCAUUCAAUAUAUUGCUUCAUGUAGCAGUAGCUAUUUACAAUAUGAUCAAUAUUAAAGUAUUUAUUUCACUAUGAAGUUAAAAAGGAAUGAUACAAAACAGGUUGAAUCAAUGGUGCCUUAUGACUUUUUUAGUCAACUUUUCUGUGUCUCAGUAGAAGAAUUAAUAGACAUUGCUCUUCCAGGUCCUAACUGAAUCGUGCCGACAGUGGCAUUUUACAGUGUUUGAGCCAAGCCCUGCUGUUGUUGUGUGCUCAAUCUGCUAACUCCAGGUGGAGCCCAGUGUGUGGAGAAGCCGCUGGGUCAGCGUGUAGGUGAGGUGGAUGUGGGCACUGAUUUGCUUCACAGUCAGUCGCUGGUAUUGCUCUCAAAAUUUGGACCUGUCCCAAACCAGUGUCUGACACUGCUGUUCGUACAGCCCAGCUGACUUCAGUGUGGUUGCAUAGGUUACAGAACUAAAUCUGAUUCGCUGCUUCCAUGUAAGAUAUGCUGGAUUUCUGUCAUUUGCAUUGUAUUAUAAACGUCAUUUGAUUUCUGUCAUUUGCAUUGUAUUAUAAACGCUCUGACCUCAACCCAUCUUCCUGCAUUAUCACUGAGACUCACACUGCGUGACAACGGCCACGCAAGUUUAUUUCUGUUUAAUUCAACUCUAUAAAUACAAUAACUUUUGUACUAUAUAAAAAUAAUUUCUCCUCUAUAUUUUUGGAAGAAAAGCACAUGUUAUGUUUGCUCUGACUUUCUGCACCAGCCGUUGGGAGAAGAGGUCACAGUGAUGGAAGUUCAGAGUUGUUAAAGCAAACUCAGCUUGUGAUUCAGGAAGUGUAUAUUUCUGUAAAUGAAAUAAAUAAUAAUGCAAAGUUCUUGUUUAAAAGCCAGCAUUUCCCAGCACUAAAAGAAUCAUAAGGCUGGUUUGUUUUUGGUUUUUUUUCUGCAAGACAGCACUGUGAAAGAAGUUCCUUAUAUUGUCACUUAAAGAAACGGGGUGGUAGUUUCUCCUUGCAGCAUCAACUGUUUGCAGGACACUUGCAGAAGUAGAUCUGUCUUGGAGCGAAGGAUAAAGGAGGUAAACUGCUAUCAUGCGUCACGUGUAUUGUAACACAACAAUUUCCUGUACAGAAGUAUAGAAAAAUAGAAAGAGUGAUUUUUGUCUUGGAGGUAAAGAAUCGAGUGACCAAACUGAGAUUAUUUCAAGCAGAAUGUCAAAUGUUGAGAGACCUAGAGAUGGCCCCUUGGCUAUAGGACACUGGAAAAGAGGAGACUGUUCAAGGAAAUAAAAACCAAUUGUUUGUUGCUACCAGUACUAGAUUAAAAAUGACUGUAUAAAGUGUGCAUUUUGUAGUUCCACAUUGCAGUGGUGUAAACACUUUCAUCUCACAGCUGGGUGCAAACAACCUGUUACAGCGGUACAUUGACUCCAUGUAACAUAGAUUGUGUGAGCUUUAAUCUUUUAUAAACCACAUUCACCUGAAAAUUGGGAGAAUCUCCCACCUGAGAUAUCCAGGAGCACUUUAAGUUCAAGUUCAUGGAAUGGUUCUUCAUGUACAUUGGAAGAAAACAGGGAUCAUGUAGCCUGUAAGAUGGAUGUGUUUGGACCAUUCGGUUAAAAUCUAAACUGCAGCAUUGGCAAAGAGGGGAAUAUUGAAAUAACUCGGGCAGAAGCAGCACAUGUGUGUGGUCUCAGUAUGCAGCAGAUAGGUAUGCAGAUUAAAAAAGCAAAAAUGGAAACCGCAUGUCUUAAGGGAGUAACCAUUUAUGUAUGUUGCCAUUGAAACAGUUUGGUAAAUAUUCCUUGGUGUAAACUAAUGCAUGUAGAGGAAGACACCUAAAUUUGGACUUCCAAAGCCACACAAGAGAGAGGAAAACAUAAAACAGGCUGAGCAGAAAGUAACAUUUCUAUCAGAUGUUUAAAGUUUGAGCUUUUUAUAAAAUAUUAAUCUAUUUCUGUGAUUUUUUUCCUGAACAUGUAUUUUGUAAAUGAUUUUGUUCUUAUUUUUCUGUCCUACUUCAAAUAAAUUUUACUUUUAUUUAA